AUGGUCAGCAACAGAAGCUCCACCGUGCUCCUGCCAGGUUCCAGUUUGGGAGCUAGGAACACUCUGGAGAUCUUGCUGGGAGAAUUGUCCAAGGACUUCUUGACUCGCCCUCUAACACGGAAUGAAGCCUGUCUUGUUCUACUACGUGUGGCCGUCUUUGGCGCCACCACCUACUUCGGUAUAAAGUGGGUCUCGGAUGCCCUAGACCCUGCCCAGAAGCAACGAAUGCAGUUGAAGAAAAGAGCAGAAGACCUGAUGAAGCAGAUUGGGAUAGAAAAGCUGAAGCUGACGGAGCACGAGAUGAACAUCGUUGCUCAUUUGGUGGUUCCCAGGGACAUAAAGGUCACCUGGAACGAUGUUGCAGGCUUAGACGAGCUGGUCAGUGAACUUCGAGACGCCGUAAUCUUACCUUUGCAACAGACACGCUUGUUCGAGCGCUCCAAGCUCUGCCAGCCCCCAAAAGGUGUCUUACUGUAUGGACCACCUGGAUGUGGCAAGACUCUUCUUGCCAAAGCAAUGGCCCAGGCAUCUAACUGCAGGUUCAUCAACCUUCAAGCACCCACCUUGAUGGACAAAUGGUAUGGAGAAUCACAGAAACUUACAGCAGCCGUUUUUUCUCUGGCCAUCAAAAUCCAACCCUGCAUAAUUUUCAUUGAUGAAAUAGAUGCCUUUCUUAGGAACCGUUCCAGAACUGACCAUGAAGCCACAGCUAUGAUGAAAGCAGAAUUCAUGAGCCUUUGGGAUGGGCUACAGACAGCGUCUGAUUGCCAGGUGAUGGUGCUGGGAGCCACCAACAGGCCUCAAGAUGUGGACCCAGCCAUCCUGAGGAGAAUGCCAACCGCUUUUCAUAUUGCACUUCCUACCCAAAGGCAAAGACAAGAAAUCCUGAAGCUAAUUCUGGCUGGAGAAAAUAUGAGCAACGCCGUGAACCUGAAGGAGCUGGCAGAGAAAACACGCGGCUACUCGGGCAGUGACCUGUGGGAAUUGUGCCGGGACGCGGCCACGUAUCGCGUGCGCGACUACGUCCGGAAACAACAAAUGAGGCAGAUAGCCCACCUGCUCCACCACAGAGGGAGUGUAGAAGAAACGGACUUGGAAGAAAAUCCCUUGAGGCCACUUACUCAGCUUGACCUGCUGCUCGCCCUGGAAAAGAUGAAAGAGUCCAGAGGAGCCACGAACAGAAACAUACUCCUCACUCAGGGUUUGACUCUGGGUGGACACAAAUGCUUGGUCAUACGAGACAAUCUGUAUACCGAUGCCCAACAGCAUACCAUGGACCUCCGAACCAAGGUCUACCAUGGGGACAAGAAGGACAACUGCACCCAUGCCAUCGCUGUGGUCUUGGUUAAUCCGGUUUGCCUAAUCCUCAUUGGGAUGCAGGGAAUUCAGGGAGGGACACUGAAUCUGAAAGCUUUCCAGAUAGCAAAGUGCAUCGAAGAGCAUUUACGCCAAUAAAUACGCAACAAGCUUCUACCGUCAGGUCAGCUACGGGCUUCUCUUUUAUUAGUCCAGCUUGCAAAGGAUGACAUUUUUCUUUCCGUCCUGUUGAAGAGCGUGCAGGAGAAGUGGAUCCUGGUCACUUCUAAGGAUGUCCAAGUCCAGUGGGACUGAUGUUUCAGAUCUGAUAAUCUUGAACUUCAUCUUUGAAUGAGUACUUCAGAAUAAGCUUCCGUCUACAGCUCCUGGGGGCAAUAGUAGCUCUCUGGAAGGUCCGACCAAUGACUGGAUGACAUUUGAGUCUUUCCAAGAACGUCUCAAAUCCGCUCACCUGUCAUCCUCAGCGAUCCUGUUUCCUAGAAGCCACCCUGGAUUUACUCAACAGAUCUUCUAGUCCUGCUCAUGUACAGUACACAAACAC